AUGGGGUCAUUCCAGGACGAGCGAACCCUGCUCUACGUGGGUCUCGCCAUCUGUGUCGGCAUCAUCACCUAUCUGAGCCUCAGUCAACGUCAAAAAGAAGUCGUCUACAGGAGGUUGACGUUACGAGGUCGUCGUUCGUCAAGUGCAGACACGCCUCCUCGUUCCCUCUCGCCAGAGAAGAAGGAGCCCAACAACUCUCCACCAAAGUCGUCCGAAUAUGUCAACACGUUCCCGCCUCUAACCAGAGAAAACCUUGUGGAGGCCGCUGCCUCGCUACCCGAAGAUCGCCGCGCAGCUCUGCAGAGUGUGACAUUCGACGAGAAGAAUUGGACGAAAUCUAUUCUCGGAUUUGGCGAGGAUUUCCGCAAGGCUGACUCCAACAAAUAUGUCUAUACCGGCUACAAGGUUGAAGAAAUUCGAGCUCUCGGCGACUUCCCCGAUUACGCUGCCCUCAGCGGAGUUCCGCUCCCAAAACCCUACCAUGAACACGACAUCAACAAAGCACUUCCACGGCCCUACCGACCCUUCCGAUGGGCAUAUCAUCAGACUAUGUCACUUACCAAGCUAGAGCCAGACUGGUGGCUGGAGCUGGAAAACACGUACGUCACGCGAAUUGCACAACGCAAGAAGCUGUACGCCGAACACGGCGAGGCCGUCCUCCAGUGGCUGCCCGGAUCCGAACUGGCCUGCAAAGAACUCAUGGAGAUGGCGCUCCAGUUCCUUUGCGCCCGGUACCCGCAGUACUUCUCCCUCGGCUCUGACAAGAAGACGUUCGAGAACAAGAUCCUGGGCACAAAACAGGACGUCUCGGCCAAGCAUCCUCUUCUGGUCUUAUUGGAUAACGUUCCUGAAGACUUUGCCAUCAUGCUGCGAAACCCGGAGACCGGGUACUACCACUUCCGGGCGGGUAUGAUCUGUUCAGCGCUGGGGUGGAACGUCGGGACCAAGAUUGGGAUGCAGCUGCACCAGAUCCACGCGCCGAUCCCGGACUACAAGGAGAAGAUGCAGUUCAGCAUGGAUCGAUUCUUCACCAAAAUGCCCUCUCCCAAACCCAUCCAGCGCGGCUCGUGGGGUCUAGAGGUUGACCAACCUCUAUACAUGCCACCCGGGGACCCGCACGAAAAGUACCGCGACUUCCAAUCCCCCGACCUGGACCUCUCACGCAUCCACCUGCGAGUCGACUGGCAAACACUCCGCCGGCUACCGCUCUCGGGCGGGAUCGUCUUCAACUUCAAGGCCCUCUUUACACCCGUGUCCGAGUUCCGCUCCGAGCCUUACAUCCCCAGCCUGGUACUCAAGGUGUUGCGGGAUGGCAAGGAGAACCUCAUGAAGUACAAGAACACGUGGCACGUCGAGCACGUGGUCAUCCCCGCGCUGGAGGAGUACGAGCGCGAGCAGAUCCAGAAGGGGAUCGUGGAGAAGGAUUGGCAGCAUCACACGCUCGACGAGAGUCCGUGGUUUCCGGGGUGGAAGGAGAAGUGGGUGGGUCAGCAGGGGUUUGGGGAUGUUGAGUAG